AGACAACGGAUAGCCAAUCGCAUCAUCAAUCCAAGCAAUCAUGUUGAGCCAACACUUCCGCUUUCUUCCACGCUACGGAAAAGUGUUGUCGGUAGCUAGGUAAACAACAUGGCUGCGGGAUCCAGCGGUGCGGGCAUCGAGCUACAGAAAGAGUUGAUUUGUGCCAUCUGUCUUGACUACUUCAACGACCCGGUCAUUCUCAAAUGCGGACACAAUUUCUGCAAGUUCUGCAUCCUGAUGCAUUGGGAGGAGAACGGAGGAGAGGACGUCGGUUAUCAAUGCCCCGAGUGCCGAAUGAUAUUUAACAAGAUCAGCUUCACCAAGAACUACCUGGUUAAGAACCUUGUUGAUAAGCUGAGUGGGUUGGAGUGUCUUAAGACCUGUGAGCAGCCGGCUCCGUCCAAGCGUGUCCAGAUAGAUGGGAAAUGCGACAGGCAUGGAGAGGAGCUGAAGCUCUAUUGUCACACCGACAACAAACCCAUCUGUGUGGUGUGUAGGGAGUCCCGGGCACACAGACACCAUGAUGUGGCUCCUGUUCCAGAGGUCCUUGAGGAUAUGAAGAGCGAACUGCGUCUGAGGCUGGUGGAAUUAACAUGGCAGAAGACUGUGUGUACCAGAGUGAAGGCUGUGGAUGAGCAGACCAAGAAUGAAGCCAAGUUAAAGAAGCUGAAGCUGAAGGAGAAGAUUGAAGAGGAUGUGGGAUCUCUAGUCCAGUUCCUGUUGGAUGAGAAGGACGACCUACUGGAGGCUCUGGAUGCUGAGGAGGGGACUGUCAUAGGGAUGAUAGAUGACAACCUGAGGUGGGUGGAGACCGAGGUGGUAGCUGUGGACAAGCACAUGGCCCAGAUACACAACCACAUCAGAGGAAACACCAGCUUCGAGAGCAUCACUGAGACAUACAAAAACCCUCUAAAGGUGAGCCCUCUCAUCUCAUCUGUUAACUGUUCUGGUGACUGGAUGAAUGAGUUCUCCGGACCCCAUCAGCUGAUCUUGUGGAAAAGGAUGAUGCACGUGUUGCACACCAUGCCCCAGAACCUGACCCUGGACCCAGACACGGCUCACCCUAACCUGGCCAUCACAGACUUCGACACCAAGGUAGAGGAGGUGCGUACCCGUAGCCAGGAACCAGACCUGCCUCAGCGCUUCACUCGCUUCUGUGGCAUUCUGGCCACCGCACAAUACUCCAGUGGACAGCACUACUGGGAGGUGGAUGUGAAGGACAAGGGCGUAUGGUACCUGGGGGUGACAGGGGAGUACAGUCCCAGGAAGGGUUUCGUCAACCUGUGUCCAUCCUCCGGCUACUGGAGCCUCAGUCUGCAGGACAGGCUAUAUGCUAACGAGGAGGAUGCCAAGAUACCUCUGGCCGACUACUGGAACUCCCCGAGGGUGGGCGUGUACCUGGACUACGACGCAGGACGCGUGUCCUUCUACGACGCAGUCACCAUGAAGAAGUUGUACAUGUUUGAGGCGUACUUCGAAGAGCCGGUAUCUCCUUUCUUCAGCCCAGGGAAGAACGAUCCUGGGAGCAGACUGCAGAUCUGUCAUUACUACUGAGAUGGCUGGGGGAGGGGAGGUGCCUGGGUAGAAGAUUAGGCCUACAGCCAAUUCUGUGUGUGUGUGGCUACUCAUUACAGAUUCACUCUUGAUGACAGCAAGGAGGGGGUGUGUUUGUGCCUGGGUAGAAGAUGAGGCCUAUAGCCAACCUUGAGAGUGAGUGUGUGUGUGUGGCUACUCAUUACAGAUUCACUCUUGAUGAUCAACCAUUCCAGCUGUGGCUUUGUGCCUGAGCCCCUGGAUUGUUCUAGAAUGGUACUGAUUCUACUGUGGCUUUGUGCCAGAGCCCCUGGAGUGUUCUAGAAUGGUACUGAUUCUGUGGCUUUGUGCCUGAGCCCCUGGAUUGUUCUAGAAUGGUACUGAUUCUACUGUGGCUUUGUGCCAGAGCCCCUGGAGUGUUCUAGAAUGGUACUGAUUCUACUGUGGCUUUGUGCCUGAGCCCCUGGAUUGUUCUAGAAUGGUACUGAUUCUACUGUGGCUUUGUGCCAGAGCCCCUGGAGUGUUCUAGAAUAGUACUGAUUCUACGGUGGCUUUGUGCCAGAGCCCCUGGAGUGUUCUAGAAUAGUACUGAUUCUACUGUGGCUUUGUGCCAGAGCCCCUGGAGUGUUCUAGAAUGUUACUAAUUCUACUGUGGCUUUGUGCCAGAGCCCCUGGAUUGUUCUAGAAUGGUACUGAUUCUACUGUGGCUUUGUGCCAGAGCCCCUGGAGUGUUCUAGAAUGUUACUAAUUCUACUGUGGCUUUGUGCCAGAGCCCCUGGAGUGUUCUAGAAUAGUACAGAUUCUACUGUGGCUUUGUGCCAGAGCCCCUGGAGUGUUCUAGAAUGUUACUAAUUCUACUGUGGCUUUGUGCCCGAGCCCCUGGAUUGUUCUAGAAUGGUACUGAUUCUACUGUGGCUUUGUGCCCGAGCCCCUGGAUUGUUCUAGAAUAGUACUGAUUCUACUGUGGCUUUGUGCCCGAGCCCCUGGAUUGUUCUAGAAUGGUACUGAUUGAGAUUAGAAUUGAGAUUCUACUUUGUCUCUAUACUGAUGCUUAGCUUGUUUGAUUACCUUGCGGAGGGAAUAGUUACACUGUUUGUAUUCGGUCAUAUUUCCGGUCACCUUGCCUUGAUUAAAAGCAGUGGUUCGCUCUUUCAGUUUCAUGCGAAUGCUGCCAUCAUUCCACGGUUUCUGGUUAGGGAAUGUUUUAAUCGUUGCUAUGGGAACGACAUCUUCAACGCACGUUCUAAUGAACUCGCACACCGAAUCAGCGUAUUCGUCAAUGUUGUUGUCUGACGCAAUACGAAACAUAUCCCAGUCCACGUGAUGGAAGCAGUCUUGGAGUGUGGAAUCUGAUUGGUCGGACCAGCGUUGGACAGACCUCAGCGUGGGAGCCUCUUGUUUUAGUUUCUGUCUGUCGGCAGGGAUCAACAGAAUGGAGUCGUGGUCAGCUUUUCCAAAAGGAGGGCGGGGCAGGGCCUUGUAUGCGUCGCGGAAGUUAGAAUAGCAGUGAUCCAAGGUUUUGCCAGCCCUGGUUGCGCAAUCGAUAUGCUGAUACAAUUUAGGGAGUCUUGUUUUCAGAUUAGCCUUGUUAAAAUCCCCAGCUACAAUGAAUGUAUUCUCUGGAUGUAUGGAUUCCAGUUUGCAAAGAGUCGAAUAAAGUUACUGCACUAUAUAGGGAAUAGAGUGCACUAUAUAGGGAAUAGGGUGCACUAUAUAGGGAAUAGGGUGCACUAUAUAGGGAAUAGGGUGCACUAUAUAGGGAAUAGGGUGCACUAUAUAGGGAAUAGGGUGCACUAUAUAGGGAAUAGGGUGCACUAUAUAGGGAAUAGGGUGCACUAUAUAGGGAAUAGGGUGCACUAUAUAGGGAAUAGGGUGCACUAUAUAGGGAAUAGGGUGCACUAUAUAGGGAAUAGGGUGCACUAUAUAGGGAAUAGGGUGCACUAUAUAGGGAAUAGGGUGCACUAUAUAGGGAAUAGGGUGCACUAUAUAGGGAAUAGGGUGCACUAUAUAGGGAAUAGGGUGCCAUAUGAGAUGCAUCCAUAGUUGAUGUACAGAAACGGAGGACUACUCUGAAUUUCCUAAAACGCAGAGUGCAUGUAACUGCCUAAAUGAAGGAAACGCCAACGUAAAGAGUCUUAAUAGGAUGUGGGUCCACCACGAGAUAGAACAGCUACAAUGUGUCUUGGCACCGAUUCUACCAGAGUCAGGAACUCUAGUGGAGGGACGUGACACCAUUCUUCCAUUCCAUCAUUUGGUGUUUUGUUGAUUGGUGGUGGAAAACACGGUCUCAGGCGCCACUCCAGAAUCUCCCCUAAGUGUUGAAUUGGGUUGAGAUCUGGUGACUGACACACACACACACACACACACACACACACACACACACACACACACACACACACACACACACACACACACCUUUUUAAACCCCCUAUGUUCCUAUGAGACCCCUCUUUUAAAUCCCUUUUUUUUCCUAGCCAUAGUAGCCAAAGUAUCAGGGCAUUUUUAUACAUGAACAUAACCAUUAUGGGAUGUCAAUUGCUUAACUCAGGAACCACAUCUGUGUGGAAGCGCCUGCUUUCAAUAUACGUUGUAUCCCUCAUGUACUCGAGAGUUUCCUUUUUAUCAUGUCAGGUGCCUGUACGGUACAUACUCUGUACCAUUACAUGGACUAUUAAUGGUCCUGUGCUUUGUCAAUAACAUUACAUCCUGUUCUUUGUUGUCUAACUUCACAUUACAUCCUGUUCUUUGUUGUCAAUAACAUUACAUCCUGUUCUUUGUUGUCAAUAACAUUACAUCCUGUUCUUUGUUGUCAAUAACUUUACAUUACAUCCUGUUCUUUGUUGUCUAACUUAACAUUAUAUCCUGUUCUUUGUUGUCAAUAACAUUACAUCCUGUUCUUUGUUGUCAAUAACAUUACAUCCUGUUCUUUGUUGUCAAUAACUUUACAUUACAUCCUGUUCUUUGUCUGACUUUACAUUACAUCCUGUUCUUUGUUGUCUAACUUUACAUUACAUCCUGUUCUUUGUUGUCAAUAACUUUACAUCCUGUUCUUUGUUGUCAAUAACAUUACAUCCUGUUCUUUGUUGUCAAUAACUUUACAUUACAUCCUGUUCUUUGUUGUCAAUAACUUUACAUUACAUCCUGUUCUUUGUUGUCUAACUUUACAUUACAUCCUGUUCUUUGUUGUCAAUAACUUUACAUCCUGUUCUUUGUUGUCAAUAACAUUACAUCCUGUUCUUUGUUGUCAAUAACUUUACAUUACAUCCUGUUCUUUGUUGUCAAUAACUUUACAUUACAUCCUGUUAUUUGUUGUCAAUAACUUUACAUUACAUCCUGUUAUUUGUUGUCAAUAACUUUACAUUACAUCCUGUUAUUUGUUGUAUAACUUUACAUUACAUCCUGUUAUUUGUUGUAUAACUUUACAUUACAUCCUGUUAUUUGUUGUAUAACUUUACAUUACAUCCUGUUCUUUGUUGUAUAACUUUACAUUACAUCCUGUUAUUUGUUGUAUAACUUUACAUUACAUCCUGUUAUUUGUUGUAUAACUUUACAUUACAUCCUGUUAUUUGUUGUAUAACUUUACAUUACAUCCUGUUAUUUGUUGUAUAACUUUACAUUACAUCCUGUUAUUUGUUGUAUAACUUUACAAUACAUCCUGUUCUUUGUUCAAUAACAUUACAUCCUGUUCUUUGUUGUCUAACUUUACAUUACAUCCUGUUCUUUGUUGUCAAUAACAUUACAUUACAUCCUGUUCUUUGUUGUCUAACUUUACAUUACAUCCUGUUAUUUGUUGUCAAUAACAUUACAUUACAUCCUGUUAUUUGUUGUCUAACUUUACAUUACAUCCUGUUUUUUGUUCAAUAACAUUACAUUACAUCCUGUUAUUUGUUGUCUAACUUUACAUUACAUCCUGUUAUUUGUUGUCUAACUUUACAUUACAUCCUGUUAUUUGUUGUAUAACUUUACAUUACAUCCUGUUAUUUGUUGUAUAACUUUACAAUACAUCCUGUUCUUUGUUCAAUAACAUUACAUCCUGUUCUUUGUUGUCUAACUUUACAUUACAUCCUGUUCUUUGUUGUCAAUAACAUUACAUUACAUCCUGUUAUUUCUUGUCAAUAACAUUACAUUACAUCCUGUUAUUUCUUGUCAAUAACAUUACAUUACAUCCUGUUAUUUGUUGUCUAACUUUACAUUACAUCCUGUUUUUUGUUCAAUAACAUUACAUCCUGUUCUUUGUUCAAUAACAUUACAUCCUGUUCUUUGUUCAAUAACAUUACAUCCUGUUUUUUGUUGUCUAACUUUACAAUACAUCCUGUUCUUUGUUCAAUAACAUUACAUCCUGUUUUUUGUUCAAUAACAUUACAUCCUGUUCUUUGUUCAAUAACAUUACAUCCUGUUCUUUGUUCAAUAACAUUACAUCCUGUUUUUUGUUCAAUAACAUUACAUCCUGUUCUUUGUUCAAUAACAUUACAUCCUGUUCUUUGUUCAAUAACAUUACAUCCUGUUUUUUGUUGUCUAACUUUACAAUACAUCCUGUUCUUUGUUCAAUAACAUUACAUCCUGUUUUUUGUUCAAUAACAUUACAUCCUGUUUUUUGUUCAAUAACAUUACAUCCUGUUUUUUGUUCAAUAACAUUACAUCCUGUUAUUUGUUGUCUAACUUUACAAUACAUCCUGUUCUUUGUUCAAUAACAUUACAUCCUGUUUUUUGUUCAAUAACAUUACAUCCUGUUCUUUGUUCAAUAACAUUACAUCCUGUUUUUUGUUCAAUAACACUACAUCCUGUUAUUUGUUGUCUAACUUUACAAUACAUCCUGUUCUUUGUUCAAUAACAUUACAUCCUGUUUUUUGUUCAAUAACAUUACAUCCUGUUCUUUGUUCAAUAACAUUACAUCCUGUUUUUUGUUCAAUAACAUUACAUCCUGUUCUUUGUUCAAUAACAUUACACCCUGUUCUUUGUUCAAUAACAUUACAUCCUGUUUUUUUGAUGGUUGUGAAUAAUCUUGUUUGUGUUUUUAUUUUAAUAGUCCAUUUUAGAUUUAGUUUUUAACCUGUGUAUAGUUUUUGGUUCAUCGUCAUUUCGUAAAGAUUUAACCAAUUCCAUUGUAAAGUGCUGACACUGGGCCAUGUUCAGUUGCCAAACUUUCUCGAACAUUGUAGAUCUGCCAUGAAUCGAGCCGAUGUGAAUCCUUAUUCUACAUGUCAGACGUAUGUUUGUUCUACACAGGCUAUUUCUAUCCGAACGUUCCAAAACAUUGUCAUGCUGAAAGCGAUCUGGCUUUUGUUGUUUAUUUUGGUUCUUUAACAUGUGGAGAACACUGUUUACAGGGGUAGAAUGUUUUCCUAUUGGCUCUGUGUCCGUUCAGGUCACAUUGCUCUGGUUGCUGAUUGGUCCAUUUGAGCAUGGUCGUCUUGACCAUCUGCGGUCCAACCAGAAUGUUCCACUGAGGUUGUGUUCAAAUAGAGGGCUGCGUUCAGUAUGAAUUUAGUGUAAAGCUCAAUGAAACAGUGCUGUACUGAACGACCAGUUGAGAAAAGGAGAGCGGUUGGAGGUUAAAAAUGUACAGCCGCCCUUUUUAAAUACUUAACAUAUUGCUUCAAGUCACACUCACCAAAUGAAGUAAAUGUACCUUAGUCUGUUCAAGAACGUUUUGGGGACAGGUGUUGUUCAGUACAAACUGUUACGCAAUGUAGCAAACUUUCAAUUGAACUGAACGCACCCCAAGAAUACACAAGGUCAGUUGUCUUUAUGUUUGCAGUUUUUAUUUUUAUCCUGUUAUUCAUUUACCCUCAAAUAUCAAUGUAUUUAUUAUUAUUUUAAACUUUUUAAAAUAUUUUUUUUAGAAUUUAGCGUUUUACUUCACUUUAAUGAAUCAUGAUUGUUUUAAUGAAAUGAUUGCAAUGCAUAUUGGGUAUUUUGGAAAGAAUGACUUUUUUUGAAUUGUGUUUGUUCAUGUUGUCAUUGGUGCAAAUUACAAAUGCAAUACUGUAUAUAGCCUACUGUCCUUGUGUUACUAAUGAACAUUUGGAAAAUAAAAUGUAACUGGACAAUG